AUGUCGUCCGAGAUCCGACCAUUCAAGAUUGCCAUUCCUGAUGAUGAAGUUCGACGAUACUAUCGCAAGAUCAAAGACACACGUGUUCCAACGCAAGACAUCGUCCCGAAUGCGGGAAACGAGUAUGGCUUUACCACGCAAUGGGCCACCGAGUUGUAUCAAGUCUGGACCGAGAACUACAACUGGCGGGAGCAGGAAAAGGAGAUCAACCAGUGGGAUCACUUCACAACUGAUAUCGAAGACUUCAAUAUCCAUUUCAUCCAUCAUCGAUCGGAGAACUCAGAUGCGGUACCUCUGUUGCUCGUUCAUGGCUGGCCAGGCUCUUUUUACGAAUUCAGCCAAGUCAUCAACAAGCUAAGCUCUAGCUCUGCAUCGCCUUCCUUCCAUUGCGUUGUACCCAGCCUUCCUGGAUUCGGGUGGUCAAGUCGGCCACCAAAGGGAUGGAAGCUGCAGCAAACUGCUCGCCUCUUCCAUACACUGAUGCAGCGUCUUGGUUACGACAUGUUCUGUGUCCAGACUGGCGAUUGGGGGCACUGGAUUGGUCGCGAGCUUGGUGCAAACUACUCAGACUCUUGCAAGGUUGUACACUUCAAUUUUGCACCAGCGCCUCUGCCUGAGAACGUUGAGUUGACUGCUCGUGAGAAGGAAGUGCAAGGUCGGGUGGAUAAUUGGCUCGAGAACCAUAUGGGCUACGCCAUCAUGAUGAGGACCCGUCCACACACGAUUGGCUGGAUGUUGCAAGACAACCCUAUUGGCAUCAUGGUCUGGCUUGGUGAAAAAUACAAUGAGGCUGCUGAUCCAGAAAAGCAAAAGUCUUUGGAGUGGAAAAAGCACAUCCUGACGACCGUCUCGAUCUACUACUUCAGCAACUGCAUCAUGACUUCCAGCCUGCCAUACUACGAGAACGUGAGACACGAGAACUUUGCCGCAUUUGCAAUGAAGCCAGAGAACAGGAUCAAGAGCCCGUUUGGAUACACCAGCUUCUACUGGGAUACUGAGCCGAGCUCGAAGAGAGCUGUAGAAAGAACAGGUAACUUGGUGUUCUACAGGGAGAGAGAUGAUGGUGGACACUUUGCCUGCCUUGAAUGCCCUGAUGGUAUUGUGGAGGAUGUCAGAGAAAUUGUCAACAAACAUUGGAAGACAGCAUGA